AUGAGGCUCAUGUCCAGGAAGCGACACAGGCAGCGCUGCCGCCGGCGAAUCCGAGACCGUGGACCGGUUGCUUUGGUGGCUAAAAGAAGGAGUCUGCGCUGCCAGCAAGAUGAUAACUAUCAUGUUGACAGAGGAAUAUCUUGUCCCGAUCUUCCAGAGGAUAUCUUGCGGCAUAUUCAUGCCAAAAUGACACUUAGAGAUGCUGCUCGUGCUGCUUGCGCAUCGCACACAUUCCGACACAACUGGAUAUGCCGUCCCAACCUUACAUUCAGUCUGGGAACACUUGGCUUGAAUAGAAAUGCGUCUAGGGAUGUAAUAACAAGAGAUCUUAUCAGCAAAAUUGACCUGAUUAUGCAAAAUCACUCAUGCAUCGGCGUGAAGACACUAGACAUUGAUCUCUAUAGUUGUGACAACAUCGACUUCGCCUAUCUUGAUAGUUGGCUUCGUAUUGCUGUUACUCCAGGGAUUGAAGAACUGAUCCUGACGCUGCCUCUACCCACCAUUGUUUUCGAGAAUGCUGUACCCAUCAUUUCAGAGUAUAACUUCCCUUGUUCACUAUUAUCUAACGGGAGUGGAAACUCAAUUCAAUAUCUCAACCUAUGUUACUGUACCUUGCGUCCCACGGCUGGUCUUGGUUGCCUAAGAAGCCUGACAAGACUGCAUAUGAGUUGCACGCGGAUUACUGGGGAUGAAUUAUGGUGUCUCCUUUCCAAUUCUCCCGCUUUGAUGUGCUUGAAACUCCUGCACUGCGAGGAGAUAAUUUCCUUGAAGAUACCUUCUCUGCUGCAGCGUCUCCGUUUUCUGGAGGUGGCCUAUUGCGAUAGGCUGCAGGUGGUAGAGAGCAAUGCUCCAAAUCUCACCACUUUUUACUUCGCAGGUUUCCUAGGUCAAAUCUCACUUGGGGGCUCACUGCAAGUGAAAACCCUACGCAUGAUAUGCUUCCGCCAGACCAACGUUGUCUGCUAUGCUCGGCAAAAUCUUUUGUCUAUUGCGCCAAAUGUUGAAACACUCACCAUAUCAUCACUGAAUGAGAUGGUGAACACACCGAUGCUAUCUAGCAAGUUUCUCCACCUCAAGCUCUUGCAGAUUUCAUUAGUGGGAAUGGCUUUUUCCGGAGCUUAUGAUUAUCUUUCUCUGGUUUCUUUUCUCGAUGCUUCUCCUUGCUUGGAGAAUUUCGUAGUAGCUAUAUCCCAGCAUCGCAUGGAGCAUGCUUCGAUUCUCGGAGAGCCCUCACAUGAUCUGAGGCAGAUCCCGCAGCAGCGCCAUGACAAGCUCAAGAGUGUGACGAUCACUGGCUUUUGCUCGGCAAAGAGCUUGGUUGAGCUAACAUGUCAUAUCCUCGAGAAUACAACAUCACUCGACUGCCUUACGCUGGACACCACAUUUCAUCCUAGUUGCUCUGUCAUGAAAGUUGACAAGUGUCACCCCCUCAUCCUCAUGGAUGGGGAUAGCCUCGUGGAGGCACAGAAAGCGCUCUUGGCCAUCAGAAAAUACGUUGUUGGGAAAGUCCCCCCUAUGGUCAAGUUAAAUAUCGUGGAGCCUUGCAGCCGAUGUCAUACUGUUGAAUCUUUGGUCUCAAUGGCCGGUUCUUCGUAA